AUGGCGACGUCAUUUCCCUUCACGCGCCUCGUGCGAUUCAUCCCCAAGUCCGAUCCGACCUGUGUUCACAUCGGACAGCCUGUUCAAGAUGACGUAGAUGUUGGUACGGCUCUUCGAGAUGGACAUGAAGAUCUUGUCAAAGUAUUCUCGGGUUCGUCGAUCCUGUCACCAGGCAAGUCGACAGGAUUGAUCGAGGCCAUUGUACGGGUGCUGUCGCCAGUCGCCGAGGGUGAGAUUGGGACCAUAAGGUGUAUUGGUCUGAACAAGUACAAACAACAUGCAGCAGAGGUCAAGAUGUCCAUUCCGAGCAUCCCUACAGUCUUCUUGAAGCCAAGCAACGCGCUGGGAGACCCCUGGCCAAGUCGUUGUACGUUACGUAGGAUCACGCAGAUUGAAGAUUGUGGCGAUUAUGAAGCAGAGCUGGCAAUCGUCCUUGGCAGAUCUGCGAAGAACGUAUCCGAAUCCGAUGCCUUGGACUACGUUCUGGGAUACACGGCUGCCAAUGAUAUCUCGAGUCGCAUUUCUCAGAUGGCUCGGUCUCAAUGGUGCUUUUCCAAGGGAUUCGACUAG